AUGGCCAACAGCGGAAUAACUACUGGACAGGUCAAACCUCAGCACAAGUGCAGGGAUUGCCGGGCAUUUAAACGAGAUGUCAACUAUCUUGAACAUCUGUUGGGCAAGGAGAGGGCCCGUUGUCGCCAAAACCGAGAGUGGAGAAUCACUCUUUGCCAAGCGCUGGAUGAGGCCCACGCACAGUUGGCCAAACUGCAACCCCCGAAAGAAAGCUACUGCGACACGGACAAAGAAAUAUGGCAGCCUGAGGAUUGGAAGGAGGAAGGUGACUGGGAUGAAGAAGCCCAGCAGCCUGAGGAUUGCGAGGAGGAAGGUGACUGGGAUGGAGAAGCCCAGCAGCCUGAGGAUUGCGAGGAGGAAGGUGACUGGGAUGAAGAAGCCCAGCAGCCUGAGGAUUUCGAGGAGGAAGGUGACUGGGCUGAAGAAGCACAGCAGCCAGAGGAGACCACCAAGCAGAACCAGGAGACAGACCUCCACACAUAUUACAAGGAGCUGCAGGAGGCUAAUAUAAUCAUCCAGCAGAAGUUUGCUUUGGAGCUGCAGGUUGAGAGGCGCAAAAAUGAGGCUCUCCUGGAUGAACUGCAGAAACUGAGAGCUUCAAACAAUGAAAUCAUUCAAAGUAAUGAAGCGGACAACCUCACAGCCAGGCAGCAGGCCACCCACCUGAAGGCUGAGAUUGAGAAAGUAUUCAAGUCUCAGAUGCGCACCUUCGAGGCUGAGCAGAACCUCCUCCAUCUGCAGGUAAUGGAGGAGAUGAGAUGUCUCCGCAAAAGUGCUGCUGAGGAGAAAGUGCUUCUGCAGAGACAAGUGGAGGAACUGACGUCCCAACUCUCAAUGAAGAAGGAGAGCAAGCAUCAGGAGUGGCAGGAGGAGAAGGGAGAACGGAAUAACUACUGGACAGGUCAAACCUCAGCACAAGUGCAGGGAUUGCCGGCAUUUAAACGAGAUGUCAACUAUCUUGAACAUCUGUUGGGCAAGGAGAGGGCCCGUUGUCGCCAAAACCGAGAGUGGAGAAUCACUCUUUGCCAAGCGCUGGAUGAGGCCCACGCACAGUUGGCUAAACUGCAACCCCCGAAAGAAAGCUACUGCGACACGGACAAAGAAAUAUGGCAGCCUGAGGAUUGUGAGGAGGAAGGUGACUGGGAUGAAGAAGCCCAGCAGCCUGAGGAUUGCGAGGAGGAAGGUGACUGGGAUGAAGAAGCCCAGCAGCCUGAGGAUUGCGAGGAGGAAGGUGACUGGGAUGAAGAAGCCCAGCAGCCUGAGGAUUUCGAGGAGGAAGGUGACUGGGCUGAAGAAGCACAGCAGCCAGAGGAGACCACCAAGCAGAACCAGGAGACAGACCUCCACACAUAUUACAAGGAGCUGCAGGAGGCUAAUAUAAUCAUCCAGCAGAAGUUUGCUUUGGAGCUGCAGGUUGAGAGGCGCAAAAAUGAGGCUCUCCUGGAUGAACUGCAGAAACUGAGAGCUUCAAACAAUGAAAUCAUUCAAAGUAAUGAAGCGGACAACCUCACAGCCAGGCAGCAGGCCACUCACCUGAAGGCUGAGAUUGAGAAAGUAUUCAAGUCUCAGAUGCGCACCUUCGAGGCUGAGCAGAACCUCCUCCAUCUGCAGGUAAUGGAGGAGAUGAGAUGUCUCCGCAAAAGUGCUGCUGAGGAGAAAGUGCUUCUGCAGAGACAAGUGGAGGAACUGACGUCCCAACUCUCAAUGAAGAAGGAGAAACCUGUGGAGACUGAGGCGUCUGAGGAGACGCCCAAAAAGAAGAAGUCUUCAAUCUGGAAGAGAAUCAGACAGACUCUGGGACUGAGGAGGAGGAAGAAGCAGCAAAGGACGCUGCACCUCACAACUAAUUCACACCUCACAUUUAUUCACCUGUGCUUCUAA